AUGACCCCCACACCCAGCAAGACGGUAUAUGUUGCUAACUACAUUCCCUCCACCUCGACAUUCAAAGAUAAUAUAUUCGAUGGAAAGGUUCUAUUCUGUACAGGUGGUGGCAGUGGUAUCUGUCGUGGCAUGGUUGAGGCAAUGAUGAAACACGGAGCAAAUGCGGCAAUCGUAGGCAGAAAGCUAGAGCGCCUUACACUGACAGCAAGUGAACUAUCGGCUUCAACGGGUCGUCAAUGUAUUCCCGCGCAAGCAGAUGUACGGAGUCCGGAGCAGCUUCGUACGGCUGUGGAUACGACGAUAUCCAAGUUCGGGCGAAUCGACUUUGUGAUAUGCGAAGUUCUAUUCACAGGAGCAGCUGGGAACUUUCUGGCACCUAUCGAGAACAUAAACGAGAAAGGUUUCCGCACUGUGAUCGAAAUUGACACAUUGGGAACAUACCACACGGUUAAAGCGACUCUACCAUAUGUUCGAGAGCAACAUGGAUCAUACAUCAUGGUCUCUGCAACAUAUCAUUACCGAGGAAUGGCUUGGCAGGCCCAUAUGUCGGCCGCCAAAGCCGGUGUUGAUGCCCUUAGCCGAGUGCUCGCUGUCGAGGAGGGCCCACGCGGUGUUCGAAGCAAUGUAAUCGCCCCGGGACCAAUUAGCGGCACCGAAGGGAUGGAUCGAUUGGGUGCCAAAAUCAGCGAUAAAGACAAAAAGGCUUUGGGAUUGAUGGUCACUUCGGAUAUUCCUUUACAGAGGACAGGCCACAUAGGAGAUAUUGCCAACGCCACAAUCUUCUUGUUCAGCAAUGCUGCAAGUUGGAUUACCGGCCAGACUCUGGCUGUUGACGGAGGAUCGCUUCAUACCGAUGGAUAUCUUCUUCCUUAUCCUACGGGAAUCCUUGAUCCCGGUUCGUGGGAGAGAGCUGCACUUGACAACGACGCUAACCCCACAUACAACCUGCCUCCGAUGAAAGAUCUCAUCCUCGAUGCCAAUUUUCCUCGCACUUCAAGUGGCCGCGUGUACCAUCUAGGCUUGAAGCACGGGGAAAUUGCCAACCGUAUUGUGACAGUAGGGGAUCCAAAGCGCGCGCGUACCAUCGCCGCCUCCUUUGACACGUCUCCAAAGCCAUUUGAGCUCUUGAGCGAACGGGGAUUCCUUACGAUCACUGGCAUGAUCCACUUCCUUGAUAACGCCUCCUACACGUUUCUGAUUGCCUGUCGUUAUGAUUCCCGCGAAUGUCUCACUGGGGACAUGAUAAUCGUUCGCUAUGGCUCGUGUGGUGCACUGGCGGAUGUGCCUGUGGGGUCGCUCGUCAUCCCGGACGCUUGUGUAGCAAUCACUCGUAACUGGGAUUUCGACUUUGGAGGGGAUAGUGACCCGGAAAAGGAUAAAGAUGCUUACAUAGUGAGCAAGCCCGUUAGUGGCGAUCGCGAGUUACACGCGAAGUUGGUUGAGGUAAUCAACCAAGCUGCCGCAUCCAGAAGCGAACAAAUACUCGUGCUAGGUGACGUUGUUAACGCGGCCGCAGACAGCUUCUAUUCCUCUCAAGGCCGUCAGACGUCUUUCCCCGACCACAACGCCUCUCUGAUUGAACGACUUAUCGAUGAGAUUCCCCGUCUCACAACACUAGAGAUGGAGACGUUCCACCUUUACCACCUGGCUAAAUCAUACACUAAACUGACUAAGCGACUUCAAAAUCUGAGUGCAGGAUCUAUGGAAGUUUCGAUGCUUCAUCGUGGAGCCAUACGUGCUUCGGGUGUCCAAAUGGUAUUUGCCUCCCGGCCGACACAAGAAUUCAUCACUCCUGAUGAAGUGCAAAAUUUGGAAAGAUGGGUUGGCCAGGCCUGCCUUGAAGCACUCACCCAAUUCGAGAUUGCUGAAGAGUUGUUACACCCUAACGAAGGAAGCGUUUGGGAAUGA